GCACAUCCUUUGAUUCUUCUUCUUACCUUCUUUCUUUUCUUGUUUUUUUGCCUCUUUUUUUUUUUUUUUUUUAACUUUAUUCCAACAAUUUUUGAAGGGAGAUUCUCUCGGCGGAUUCCCCAACGAAUAGAUUCCAUUAAUUUGCCUCUUCUUCAAUUAUAUAUCUUUUCCCUCAAUUUUGUGUCGGAAAUAUUCUAUCCUUUUAUCAAAGAUAAGCUUCGAAACUAAUCAAUUUUUACAGUCAAAGUCAUUAUUCAAGGGGAGAGUGACACUCAGAAGCUGUGCAUUGUUAAUCCAAGAGAUUGAGUCAUAGCUCUUGAUUCUAUCAGCAAUUCAGCCUCUUGCAUCUCAUUUCAGCAUGAACAACAACCAGUAUGGGCAAGUUCAUGAUGAAGUGACUGUCAUGGGCUUUGAAGUUCCAAGAUCACCCGAUUCAAGUUACAACAAUGUCUACCCUGGGAGUGAAGAUGAGGCACGUGACCCACCAGUUGCCCCUCCACACCUGCAAAAUACCUUGCUUAGCCAUCCAGCAAGCAGGGAAAAUUCUGGAAGUCUUCCAUUGCCGCAGAAUGUGAUUCUAAAUCAUUUAUGUAUUGAAAACCGAGAGGCACCAAGAUCUGUAGUGGCACUUGGGUUCACUCACCGCUUUCAUUCCAAAUAUGUUACUGUUGUGCUAUACAAGCCAGUUCCUAGAAGAGGGAGUUAAUGUGAAUAGAGUAAAGACCAUUUGAUUACUAGGACCAGAUGUGAUACUUUUGUGAUGGAAUUAGAUGUGGUAAGUCCCAAAUACGAAAUUAGCAGAUGGAAUAUUUAUUGUUAGACAGCCAAGGAUGACCUUCCCAAUAAUAUAGUCGUAUAAGAUUUUUCCAAAGUAUCAAGUUUGCAUGGCCUAUUCCAACUUCAGUAGAACUUGAGCCUGGAACUUCCCAGUAAUUCAUAGCACGCAAUUUAGAUUCUUAUGGGGGUUUUAAUUUUUUUUUUUGGUAAAUUUAAGAUUAGCAUUUGUUCUAUCUGUAUCGACAAUGAUCUUAUUUUAG